AUGGCAGCAAACAUUUCUUCACUAGAGGAGCAGGUGUUUGAGUUUGCUGCGUUUAUGAAGAAUGUGGACAUGUUUCCUGUGUUCUUCACUGCUCAUGUCAGCCUGGCAUGUUUGGUUGUCAGAGAAGAUUCAAAAGACUUGGGUACCAAGUUUAGACAGAACCAUCCAUUUACCCUCUGGCUUUGCACAGUGAUUGCAAGUGUGUCUGGGGUGUUUCUAGCAAAUUUCUUGUUUGGGGACCCAUUGGUGGACAUUCUCAAAGAGAACAAACUGAUAGCAUUUAUUACAAUUUUAUGGUACUUGAUUAACUACUGCCCCUUUGAUGUGGUGUACAAAGUUGUGGCAUUGCGGCCAGUAUUUCUGACUGCAGCCAUCCUACAAGAGUGUCUGAGGCUCCGAUUUAUUUAUUUGGGUGUACAGCAGGCUGCCAAGCUUUACCCUACUGGAUAUGUCAUUAUUAUUAUUGGUGGUGUUAUUAAAGGAAAUGGUUAUGGAUUUGUGAAAAUUGUGGAACGACUGAUAAGAGGCAAAUGGAUACCAACAACUAAUGACUUGCUGGAUAUAACCUACUUUGCCAAGUCCAGCCUGUAUGCCAGUGUGCUAUUUCUUCUACAGCACAUGGAGGUGCUUGCUGUCCCUGUGGAGCUGCUUUACUUAGGAAUUGUAGUAGCUUUUGUGACACUGAGGUUGAUUAUUGUGUUGGGGGGAGUCAGGGACCCUUUGCUACCUAUAGAGUUACCUAUAUGUACCUUGCUUUUUGGUAGUGGUGCAGAGGAUAAAGACACAGGAAAAACAGACGGUGUUGUAAAGAAAGAAAAAGUUAUAAAAAAUGGAAACGAUAGAGAGAAACAAGACAAAAAAAUUAAAUAA